GCCUUGUACAUGUGCUUGGCUUCUCCUAUGCGGAUAUUGCAUGUGCACUGCACAUAAAGAGCUGGUUAACCUCCCUGCUUUAUCUCUCUCAUUAUCACCUACUUCACUUUAACAACACUCUUCACGGCGACCAAAUCAAAAUGGCCCCUAGAACUGGUACUGAAGGUGAGCCCCGGGGCAGCUUGACUGAGAGGAACAUCGCUUUGCACAAUGCCCUCGAAGAAUCUAAGGAGUCGGGUGACAAUGUGAUGUCGUGGAUGGAGAAAGUCAUCGCCGAAGAGCGAAUCCAUAAAUAUUACUCUCAACUUGGAGCCGAACGCUUCAACCUCCAUAACCAAGGCCUUGUCGACAUCGAGCAUGCCAUGGGCCGGCUCAGUCACGUUGCAUUUGGUUCGAAUACGCAAGGAAGUAAUGAUCAAAUGAGCGAAAGCCUGAAGCUCUUCGAGCAACACCAGCAAGGAGUGUACCGCGAGACCCCUCUUGAACGCUUUCUGACCCCGGACGGAUGUAGCGACCUCAGUUACUACGCUCGGGGAGCCCUGGCAGAGAUGGAAACUGAGUUUGGUGAUAUGGAAGGACAAGAGAAGCGCAGAGAGAAAGCGAAGAACAACGUGGAACUAGUUAUCCGCAACAAGCACAGAAAGGAAUGAGUCGGGUCAGUUGAUGGGGACUAGGGAUCCGACAUAGGGUCUGAAACACCGACAAAAUGAGCAAGUGGGAAAGAAGAUAUCAAACAUUAAAGAUAAACUAAGUUGUUAACUAAGCUGCCAUGAGUUUCAGCUCUCGGACUGUUCUCCCAAAUUCAUACUAACGUAGGCCAGUACCACGGUCCGAAUAAUUCUAUGUAUAUGCAGUAAGUUUUGAUUGGGUAUAUCUGUGUCUCAAAUCAUGCUUGGUGUGCUGUUCAGCUGGAACCUUCUCUUGAAAUGUCUCGCCAACUGAUCCGCUGCUGGUUCCAA